AUGGCUUCGUCCAGCUCCUGUGCAGCCUCCAUCUCGUCGUCUUCCAUCCCCGCGACAAACCCGCACGUUCUUAACAGUACGCUCGCGCUACGGAAACGGCAGGUCGGAAUCUCGUCAUCCGUACUGACAGCAAGGCACAGCGCAGCGGCAGUCACCCUCUUCGGGAGCAAUAUUACUCCUGCUUCGUCCCUUUCCAGCGUGAAAUGCGGCGGCCUGCGACUUGGUCCGACUCGCUGCGAGGCGGCGCCGUCCCCACCGCCGGGAGGGCCUGUGGGGGGUGGAGGCGGAAGCGGCGGAGCGAGUGACAGCCUGAAGCGCGCCGCACGGGAGUUCUUCUCGGCGAAUCAAGGGCACCACCGCGACCACCACCAGGGGGUGCACCUCCCGGCUAGCAGCAGCAGCACCACUCCGCACAGCGCGGCCACGCCUGCUGCAGCGCCCAUGGACAGCCAAGUCGAAGACGCGGUUUCCAGUGCUUAUCGCAAGAAGGUCGUGAAAGAGAGUCGCACUUCUCGGGGGAACUCUGCUGCUAUCACCGGCGGUAGUAGCUACCUGGUGCGGGAUGAGGACCUGGCGUGGUCCGCGCUGAUUGGGCGGCUGGCGAACGGCGACGGGGCGAGCGACAGUGACAGCCGGGGGCUGGCAGCAGCCGUGCUGGACGCAGCGGCACUCCUGCCCGAGAUUGCAGCACUGCGCGUGGACGCCGCUGCUGCCGCUGCCGACAGGUUGCCUCUCCUCCGCCUUGACAGCGGCUCUGGUGCCGCUGGCAUGGCAGACGCUGCUACAACCACUGCCGCCGCUGCUACAGCCACUGCUGCGGUUGUGAAAGCAGCGCUGGUCAACGGCAAGUCAAGCAAGUCAACCGCAGUGGCGCCCAACUCUGUGAUCGAGCAGUCGUCCCUGUCUAAACUUGAAGCUGCUUCUGCUGGUGACAGCGAUGCUGCAGGACGCACUGCGAGGGCGGCUGUGGAGACGAAGCAGCAGCAGGGCGUGGGCGGCGAGCAGCAAGGGCUGGGCAUCAUUCCAUUCCUCAAGGGCAAGAACAUUCUCAUCACCGGCGCCACUGGCUUCCUUGCUAAAGCCCUGGUGGAGAAGAUACUGCGAGAGCAGCCGGAUGUGGGGCAGCUGUACCUGCUCAUCCAGCCCAGGGGGGACACCACUGCGCACCAGCGCCUCACCUCCCGGGUGAUCCCAUCGGCCAUCUUUGGGCAUCUGAAGCAGCGGUACGGCGAGGGCUACGAGGCGUUCAUGGGCAGCAAGCUGACAGCUGUGGACGGCAACAUAGGCGAGGAGAACCUGGGGCUCAGUACUGUCACCAGUGCUGCUCUCGCGGAUAAAGUGGAUCUUAUCAUCAACUCCGCCGCCACCACUGACUUUGACGCCCGGUACGACGUGGCGUUGAACAUCAACACGCUGGGCCCACGCCGACUGCUGGCCUUCGCCAAGCAGUGCCGCCACCUGCAGCUUCUGCUGCAUGUCUCCACGGCGUAUGUGAACGGCAAGCGCAAGGGGCAGGCCAUGGAGCGCCCCUUCACACCCGGGGACACCAUCGCAGCGGAGAUGCUCGCACAGGCCGCCCACUCCCCUGCUGCCGCCGCUGCCGCUGCUGCAGCGGCAGGCAUUCCCGCUCUCGACGUGGACGGGGAGGUGGCGUUUGCGCACAAGGAGCGUGCGGAGGUGGAGGCGGCAGCAGUGGCGAGGGGCGCGGGCAAGGACGAGGUGGUGGCGGCUGUCAAUGCACACAUGUCCGCACUGGGCCGCGCCAGGGCGCAGGUGUUUGGGUGGCAGGACGCGUACGUGCUGUCCAAGGCCAUGGGGGAGAUGACACUGGGGGAGCAGCGCGGGGGAGCGCAGGGGGGAGAGGAGCAGGAAGGGGACGCAGGGGUGGUGCCAGUGGUGGUGGUGCGGCCUAGCAUCGUGGAGAGUGCGUUGUGUGAGCCCAUGGCAGGGUGGAUGGAGGGCAUGCGCAUGGCGGACCCCAUCCUCAUGGCAUACGGCAAGGGUGCCAUGGCCGGCUUUCUCGCCGAUGGGGUGGCUGACAUUAUCCCGGUGGACUUCGUCGUGAAUGCCAUCUUGGCCGUCGCUGCCGACAAUGCCAAGCUGCCCCCACAGGCACCCCGUGGCCCCACCUUCAGCACCACCGCCACCACCACUGCUUCUGCCUCUGGCUACUGCCUGCCUCGUGUGUACCACGUGACAACCUCCGUGGCUAACCCACUGCAUGUGAAGACCAUUGCCGAUGCUGCCACGGAUCAUUUUGCUGCCAAGCCCAUGAAGCAGAAGGAUGGCUCCCCCAUUUCUGUCGCCCCGGCUAGAGUCUUCAAAUUCCCCAUGCUGUUCCUUCUGGACCUCUGGAUCCGAUACCAACUUCCCAUGCUGCUGAUGAAGCUCUUUCCGAAGGGAGCAUCAACUGCGCGUCGGACUAUGAUUAUGAUGAAAACGAUUGAGUCACUCAUGCACUUCGCCAAGAUAUACUCGCCAUACACCUUUUACGAGGCACAGUUCGACUCCAGCAACACUGAAGAUCUCUUUGCAAGGAUGUCAUUGGACGAGCAGCAAAAGUUUGACUUCAAUGUGCGCAAUAUUAACUGGCACAACUACAUGUGCAACGUUCACAUCCCAGGACUACGCAACUUUCAGGAGAUUCAAAUCAGCAGCUGCGAUUCAACAGUGUGCGGGCCGUGCUCCUCACCUCCCCUCCUCUGGCUGCUUCCGUCCUGUCGGUUGAGGAACGCCUACGAAGGAGGCGAGAGGGACCUGACGCCCUCGCACCGCAUAUCAGAGGACGGGUCGCCGCAGUUAGCGGUGGAGCUGCCACUCGCGCACCUGUCGGACGCGGUCGCGGUGACGCUGGGCGAGUUCCUGGCGACGGCGUGUCCGGAGCUGCAUAUCGUGGACGUCAGCAGCGCGGACGCGGUGCCUACUGUGAGCGGCCACGGCAUUCUCUUCCUGCUUCGCGCCGUGGGGCCGCACCUGCAGCACGCCAACCUCUCCAACAUCCCGCUCGGCCGCGAGGCCUUCAGAGAUCUGUUCCAGCGCGGGCUGAACGCGCGGAGCCUGUGCUUCUCCUUCUGCCGCGUGCGCAAGCUCGACUUCGUGGGCGCAUUUCCGCGCCUGCAAUCCGUCGUGCUGGACCACAACCCCGCCAUCACGUGCCUCCCCGACGGCUGCUUCUCCAACGCGCCGUCGCUCACGUCGCUCUCCCUCUGCGCCACGGGCAUCUCGAACCUCUGGACCACCAUCGCCGCGCUGGGGAAGCUCCCGCUCUUGACGCAGCUCCGCUUCCAGCGCUGCAUGUGCUGCCGCGGCGACACGUCCGCGUGCGCAGAGCUGGCAGCGGGGCUGGCUGGCGAUGCCGCGGACGCAGGCGAGGGCGCGCGGAGGGAGGUGGCAAGAGCAGAUGCUGGUGCUGGUGGUGCUGAUGAUGCUGAUGCUGGUGUUGGUCAGGGGGAUGGGGACGUGGUGGAAAUACGGGCGUGGUUGGGCGAGGAACAGGGGAACCUGGAGAACUUGGUGCGGGAGGGCAUGGAGAUGGAUGAGGUCAUGCGCGAGUGGGAAGCGCAGGGGCAGGCGGAGGGCGCUCUAGAUGAUGCGCUGGACUUGGCGUUUGCCGCAGAGCAAGUAGGCAUGGGGUUCGGUGGGCCGGGGGAUGAAGAGCUGGGUGUGGUUGGCGAUGAGGACUUGAGGAACGCGGAGGGCGAGGAGGAGGAGGAGAUGUUUGACGGGGAGGCGAGUGAUGAGCGUCCAGAGGAAGAGGAGGAUAGCGACGAGGACGAGGAAGAGAGAGAGCGCAGGGAGGGUGAGUUUCGUCACGCGGGCAUGCCAUGGCAGCAGGUUCUGUCUCGUGAACCGAGGGGACUUAGGCAGGGAGGUGGGGAGCAGCAGGACGCAGCAGAAGCAACAGCUGCGGGGAAUAAUGGUGGUGCACCAGGCGUGGACACUGAGCGUCUUGUCCCCAGAGCAUUCCCUUUGGGCCCUUCACCUCGCAUGCGUCGCGGUCCCCUUCACCAGCGUCAACCUCUGUUUCGUCCCGUUCUUGCUGGCCGCAGUGCUGCUGCUCUGCCGGGUACAGUGGACGCCCAAGGCACUGGUGUGUUGGCCGAGCAUCGGGUGGUGCGAACAGCAGCAGCACGCGGAGCAGGGGAACAGACAGCAGGGACAGCAGCAGCCGCCAGGGCGGACCCAGCAGGUCUGGGUGGGGCUGGAGGAGGUAUGCCUGGAGGGCUCACAGCACGAGAACUGGACUUGAUAAGCUAUCUCAUGGGUGAUGCACCGAGGCGUCUCCGGGGCAGGGAAACUGGUGCUACUGCUGCCAACGAUCAACGCACAGGUGCUGCUCGUGCGGCUCGUGCUGGCGCUGCUGGUGAUGGUGGUGCUGCACGCAGUGACUACCACGCGUUGGAAGGCCCAUAUGCCGCAGCGUCCCGUUUCCUGCACCACUCGUCGCCCAUCUGCCACGUGCCGCACUACCGCGCGUUUGUGCUGUCGUCCCUGCCGCAUCUCGACGUUCUAGAUAACAUGGCGGUGAGGGAAGGCGAACGCGCACAGUCGGAGGGCGAGUGCGAGAGCAGCUUUGAGCCCCUGCCGUACGGGCUGGGUAGUGUUGGCAAUGUCGUGCACCUGCUGAGGCGCAGAGAGAUCCGUGCUCCGCUGAGAGCACUCGCCUCUGUUGCUGCCCGCCCACUUCCCAGCCAGCAAAGCGUUUCCAAGGAGAAUUCGCCUCCGGUUGGUGCUGUCCCUGGUACUUCUGUCGCUGGUGCUGCUGUUGCUGCUGCUGCCACCACACCUGUCCUUGCAUCUUAUGCAGCAUCCUCUGGCUGCGCGACAGGCAGCAGCGAUGGGGCUACUGGAGAUGCAGCAACGGAGGAGCCGGUGGGAGGGCAGCAAAGGCAGCAAGGGAGGGUGAAUGGUGGUGACAGCGAGCGAGUGGGGCAGACUGACAUGGAGUAUACAUUGCAUGAUAGCGAGGGCAAAGAAAGUGGUGAUGGCGACGAUGGUGAUAAGGAUGACGGUGGUGAUGAUUAUGAUGUUGGCGGGAAGGGCAAGGCACCUGUGGAAGAGCAGGACCCAGAGCCCUCCUCUGCGCAUCUGUGGCGUGCUACAGCCGGAGCCAAGGGCGGCAGCAUGGAGGGCUACAGGCGCGCGCUGGGCGCCAACCGAGUGGGCUGUAGCAGCUGGCCCGCCAGCCGCCCCAUGACCUGCCCUCUGCGCAACGCCGGGCUGGAUGCUCCCAGGACGAUGUCGUCGAGCCUGCGGCCGCGGCAGUUCGAGUACCACCCAACGGAGGCGCAUCUAUUGGUGUUUGGCACGCUGCACGGGGACGUGGUGGUGCUCAACCACGAGUCGGACCGCCUCGUGGGCCAUGUGCAGUCCGUUGGUGCCCCACACUCUAUUCUUGGCCUCUGCUGGCUCAACAAACAUCCCAAUAGGCUGAUAGGAGGGUGUGACAACGGGUCCAUCCAGCUGUACGACGUAGAGCGCAUGCGCGCCUGCCUUGUUGCUGCCAUCGGCCGUUCCGCUGCCGCCGCAGCCAGCACCAGCGGCGCCAGCAGCAGCGGCACAGGCAGCAGCAAUGGCAGCAGCGUGGGUGGCGGCAGUGCGGGUGUGCUAACUGGCAGCGGAGGGCGGGGUACCGCCGCUGCCGCCGCAGCAGCAGCAGCAGCAGUGGCACCGGCGGACAUGACGACCCCUCCAGCUGUGUUGGCAGCGCCAGCAGCAGGUGCAGGGCGUGCAGGACGGCUGGUGUCAGACAGUCCGCUUGGCCUUGGUGGGUCUGCGAGUGGAGGCUCUCCUGUGACUCCUGCACGGAUGCGGCACCCGGCCAUCCACACAUAUGACGAGUUUGAGCAGCUCACGUCCGUGCACGUCAACUGCACUGAUGACCUCUUCCUCGCUAGCGGGUACUCGAACCACGUGGGGCUGUACGACCUGCACACGGGGCGGCGGCUGCACACGCUGCACAACCUGCACCGCGAGCACAUCAACGUGCUCAAGUUCGCGCACCACUCGCCGCACGUCUUCGCCACCUCCUCCUUCGACCGCCACGUCAAGCUCUGGGACGCGCGCCAGCGCAUCUCGUCCUCGUCUGGGGGCGGGUUCGGGGGGCUGUUUGCGCAGGGGCGGGAGAGCGUGCGGCCGAUUUACUCUGUGCGGAGUGAUCGGGGCAAUGUGAUGGUGUGCUUCAGCCCGGACGACCAGUUCCUGUUGUCCUCUGCUGUUGACAAUGAGGUGCGGCAGCACAUAGCAGUGGACGGGCGGCUGCAGCAGCGGUUUGAGAUAGCGCCGCUGGGCAGUGCGCACAACUACACGCGGUCCUACUACAUGAACGGCCGCGACUACAUUGUAUCAGGCAGCUGUGAGGAGAACGUGGUGCGCAUCUGCUGCGCUAAAACCGGCCGCCGCCUCCGCGACAUACCCCUGGAGGGCAAGGGCGGCAAGAGCUCCCUCUACGUGCAAUCUCUGCGAGGAGACCCCUUCAGGGACUUCCAUCUCUCGGUGCUCGUGGCCUACAGCCAGCCCAACUCCCCCUCAGACAUUGUCAAGGUGAAUCUAGUAGCAGGUCCUCCGCACCGAAAGGGCCUUGACAAUGACUUCCAGACUCAGCCGUUGGCGUCAGUGGGUGCGUAG